UUUUUAAACUCAAAUAUACAACAGUUGUCUUUUAUACCUGACUUCACUUAGUGAUUGAUGAAAAUCGAUUACUUACAAGAGGAUAUAGAAAAUUUCAUUUUUGACAAUAUUUACAUCACUAAGCAUCGCCUUUUCUGACAUUUGCACCCGAAUUGAAAAUUAAGGAAUUUUCCGUACAAAAAGACUAAUAUUGACGGGAAAAAAACGAAAAAAAUUGUCGCAAAUAAUGGAAAAACGUAAAGAAAAUAAAUUCAUUUAUAGAUUACGCAUGAGAGUACGAAAAAAUUGAAGAGUUCGGCUAAAAACAUGAUUUAAAAAAAUGUGUUAUUGGCAAAGGCGGUGGUGGUCGCAAUAACGAACCAAAAUAAAGAAAAAAAGUCGAACGAACGAAUACGAAGAGAGUUUAAAGAAUUUUGCAUUUAAAAAAAAAGGCAAAAAGAAAAGAAAAACUGCAAAAACCAAUGAAAUUGUAAUAAGAAAAAAGAAAAGGAAAAUAAAAUAAUUUUAAGGUAAAAGUUUAUUCAGAGGUAUGUGCUGCUACCAACACAGAAAUAUAUUAAAUUUAAUGCAUAUAUGUUUGACCGUUUGGAGUUGAUACUUUGAAACUUCAUUAAAUCUUUGAUUUCAUUGGAUUGUGAAAAUCGUUAAACAGGAAAGGGGUUAAUUUCUGAUUAAUCAGAUCGGUGGGCUCAAUCAUCGUCCGUUUGAAAGUGAAAGAAAAACAGAAGUGAUUAACGACAAUCCAAUCGACCACACAACAAAUUUAUUGCAACUGCAAUCUCUUAUCACAUCAAUUAAAGUUUAACACAGGUUUAACCUUAUUCAACUUAUACGGCAAUGGCGUAUCGUAAACCAAGUGAUUUGGAUGGAUAUAUUCAGUUGAUGCCAAAAGCGGACAUGCGCGUUAAGGCACAAUUAGCUGAAGAUUUAGUUACAUUCCUAAGCGACGACACCAAUUCAAUUGUGUGCACCGAUAUGGGUCUACUGGUAGAUGGAUUAAUGCCAUGGUUAACCGGUAGCCAUUUUAAAAUUGCACAAAAGUCCCUGGAAGCAUUUACAGAACUUGUUAAACGUCUUGGGCCUGAUUUUAAUGCGUACACAGCAACAGUUUUGCCUCAGGUGGUUGAUCGUUUAGGUGAUAGUAAAGAUACUGUGCGCGAAAAAGCGCAAUUAUUAUUGCAAACGUUAAUGGAACACAAAGUACUAACGCCACAGGCCUUGUUAGACAAGUUGGCAGCGAAUUGUUUUAAACAUAAAAAUGCAAAAGUACGCGAAGAAUUUCUACAAACCAUUGUGAAUACCCUCAACGAGUAUGGAACGAGUCAACUUAGCGUACGUAAUUACAUUCAGUCGAUAUGUGUUUUACUCGGCGAUCCUACAGUAUCGGUUCGUGAUUAUGCAGUUCAAACACUUAUUGAGAUUUAUAAACAUGUCGGCGAUCGUUUGAGACCUGACUUGAGACGAAUGGAGGACUUGCCAGCGUCCAAAUUAGCUUUACUUGAACAAAAAUUUGACCAGGUCAAAUGUGAAGGACUCUUACUUAAAUCAGCCACCCAGGCGAAUAACCAUAGCGGACACGAUGAGGCGGAUAAUGUCGGUAUUCGGGAGAGGCCAACAAAAAUUGUCAAACGUACCGUAUCAGCAACAAUGCGAAACAAAAAUAUAUCCACCGAUACUAAUGCUGAUGCCGGAGCUGUGACUAUGGACAUUUUUGAAGCCUCUUUUGAUUUAGUGCCGCAACUGACUAUAUUCCAUCCAAGAGAUAUGGAUGAUGUUUACAGAAACGUUUUGGCAACAAUGAGUGAUAAAAAUGCUGACUGGGAGAAGCGUAUUGAUGCGUUAAAGAAAGUUCGAUCGUUGCUAAUAUUAAACAUUCACUCUCAUCCGCAAUUUGUUAGCACUCACCUAAAAGAACUUUCUAUAUCCUUUUUGGACAUUCUUAAGGAGGAAUUGCGUUCGCAAGUGAUUCGUGAAGCUUGCAUAACUAUUGCGUUUAUGUCGAAAACUUUACAUCAAAAACUUGAUAAAUUCUGUGAAUACAUUCUUGAGCAGCUCAUACUUCUCAUCCAGAAUUCUGCGAAAGUGAUUGCAUCCGCUUCGACAAUCGCCUUGAAGUAUAUAAUUAAAUAUACGCAUGCUCCUAAAAUUAUCAAAAUCAUUACCGAUACUUUACAAAACUCAAAAUCAAAGGAUAUUCGUGCAACGCUUUGUGAAAUAUUAUGUUUGUUAUGCGAGGAGUGGCCGACAAAAUCUUUGGAGCGAAGUGCCAGUUUGUUGCGGGAUACACUUAAAAAAUCGAUUGGUGAUGCUGAUAGUGAAGCACGGCGCCAUUCACGACGCGCUUAUUGGGUUUUCCGGCGACAUUUUCCAGAUCUUGGCGAUCAAAUUUACGGUACACUCGAUAUAGCAGCGCAACGUGCCCUUGAAAGAGAACGCGAUAGUGGAGGUAACUCGGAAGAACGUCGCACAACUGUCACUGCAAUGCGUGCAACGCGGUCACCUGGAGCUCUUCAAAAGUCUACGCCUGGAAUGCGCAGUGUAUCAGCAGUAGAUACAGCUGCAGCUCAGCGUGCUAAGGCUCGGGCACAGUAUGCAUUUCUUGCACGAAAAAAAGUCACAAAUACUGCGAAUACUUCAAACACUUGCAGUAACAAUACUAACGUGGGAUCUCUGCCUCGGUCACGGCUCGGGAUUUCUCAGCAGAGCUCUACGCAGCCAUCGUCUACUGGCGUUUUUCAAAGAAAUCGUGGGCGAGCAGGUGUUUCUCAGUCACAACCAGGAUCACGAUCUACAUCUCCAAGUUCAAAGUUACGGGAACAACAUAGUAUUGGUUAUUACCGGCCGACUGGUACCAUACCUAAGAAGGCAUCUGGCAUUCCAAGAUCUUUAGCCAAUUCCCGAGAAACGAGUCCUACAAGAAGCGGCAGUGUAAUAAUGAAGAGAAGUCUCUACACGACAGGCAGCUCGCGUCGUACUCCAGAACGCAAUCAACCAACACGUCAACCAGUCGCCGCUCGCAUUUUGCAACAAAGUCGAGAAGCUGAGACAGCCUUAUUAGCUGAUGCGCUAUCACCGGAAGGAAAUGGAGGUAUAGAUUAUUCUUCGAUGGGUGACUACGCAAGAGAACGGGGCGGUAGCGCUUAUCCGAGCAGUUCUCGUAUUGGGAGAAAACUUUUGUCACGUGACGAGUCAGAUGAUUCUGAGGCGUCGUCCGUUUGCUCGGAAAGAUCUUUUGAUUCUUCUUAUACACGAGCCAACAAUUCAAACUAUUCUUUAUCUGGAUCGCGCAAUCGUCUCGAUUGGAGUUGGUCACGUCCACCAUUUGAAGAUAUAGAAACUAUUAUUCAGUACUGUGCCUCAACCCAUUGGUCAGAACGAAAAGAUGGUCUCAUUAGUUUAACCCAAUACCUCGCUGAUGGGAAAGUGUUAACUCCGCAACAACUGCAAUGUGUUUUAGACACCUUCCGCAAAAUGUUUAUGGAUACGCACACUAAAGUAUAUUCACUUUUCCUUGAGACGGUAACUGAAUUAAUGUUGGUACAUGCCAAUGAUUUGCAUGAUUGGUUAUUUAUAUUACUCACAAGGCUUUUCAAUAAACUAGGCACGGAGUUGUUAAACUCUAUGCAUGGAAAAAUUUGGAAGACAUUGCAAGUUGUGCAUGAAUAUUUUCCGACUGACCUUCAAAUGAAAGAUGUCUUCCGGAUACUAUCCGACUCAGCCCAAACACCUUGCACUAAGACUCGAAUAGCAAUAUUCAAAUUUUUAACAACCUUGGCAAACACAUACUGCAAAAUCACAGAUUUUCCAGGAGCGGAAGAUGGUACCAUUUUGCCAAUGGUUGAAAAGGCCGUAUUAAAAAUUGUUCAGUUAGCCGGUGAUCAAAAAAGCAUAGAAUUACGUAAUCAAGCGCGACAUUGCCUAAUAGCUUUGUAUAAUCUUAAUACACCUCAAAUGACGAAAGUACUCUCAUCUCUCCCCAAAAAUUAUCAAGAUUCAGCAAAAAUAUAUAUACAGUCACAUCUACGACGAAGCAGUACCUCGGGUACGAAUUCACCAUCUUCAUCGCCUUUAUCCAACUCGAGUCCAAAAUCACUUCAAAGUCCCAAUAUAACUGGGCCAUUUACUUCGCUGCAACCACAAUUCACUAGUCCACGUUCCCGCCAGUCUUCAGCUAAUGACAACGAAUUGAUACUCGGUUAUUCGGAAGUUGACGUUCAGCAGAAUAUACAAAAGACGACUGAAGAGAUACGCAAUUGCUUCGGAAGUAUCGAAAAUCAAUAUAAUUCGCUUGCCAAUAACACGAACGGUGUCAAUUAUAAUGGCCAUUUAAAUGAAGCUUUUGAUUCUUGUGCUUCUUCUAAUUCAAAGACGCAAUCUGCUACUACAACCGAAUCCAAUACACCUGAAAGCACCACAAUGCGUUUGGAUGGUAAUUUAUUAGAGCAACAUCAUAAAAUGAUAGCCAGUACGGUAGGUACUAGUUUAUGUCAAGCAAAUUCACUUCCUUCGACUGCUGUCAAUCAUAAAUUUACCGAAAAUGGCGAAAUGAUAUUAGAUGGUAAUAUUGCCGAAAGUGACGUUAUUAAAACCGCAUUAGCGUUAACGCAAGAAAUGCCUUUACCUCAAGUAAAUACGGCUUUGAGCAAUCUUGGUGUUUGCAUAAAGAGCGGUAAUUGCGAACUGCCUAAUAAACAUUUUCGCGCUAUAAUGAAAAUGUUACUCAAUAUGCUAGAUGCAAACUCCAACGAGAUAGUGAUUGGGGCUCUGCAUGUUCUUGCUAAAAUUCUGCGACGAUCGCAAAUGAAACCCAAUUGGAUUAACUUUGUGGAGCUUAUAUUGCUUAAAAUAAUUAAUUGCUAUUCAAAAAGUAAGGAAACAAUGCGCGAAUUAGAUGUGCUUAUUCCUCGCAUUGUGCCAGCUCUCCCAUUAAAUGUGACAAUUAAAAUUGUUAAUCCUGUAAUUGCAACGGGUCCUUAUCCAGUGAAUCUGUGUGCCUUAAAGCUUCUCACAGAAUUGGCGGACCGUAAUGGUUCCGAGUUAACUGAGUCAGAGUUAGACGUUGUAUUCCCGCAUUUGGCGCGUCUCGCUGAUGAUUAUCAAUCGAUGGUUCGGAAGGCGGCCGUCUUUUGCAUUGUCAAAUUGUUUAUUGUCAUGGGUGAGGAGAAGGUUAAACCAAAACUAACAAUGCUAACUCCAAGUAAAGUACGCCUCUUAAAUGUUUACAUUGAAAAGCAACGUGGUACCUCUACCGGGGGAGGUAGUUCAACUAAGAAUUCCUCAACAUCCUCCUCAUGAUUAGCAAGCGCUCCCAACACCAACUCUGAAAUUGAAUAAAUAUAUAUAUAUAUAUAUAUAUAUAUAUAUAUAUAUAUUUAUUUGCUGUGUGAGUCGUGCAUAUGCGUAGCGUUUUUGUCUAUUUCUUGUUACUCAAUCCGUUGGCUUAGUCAAACAUGCUGUUCUCUGUGUAAUAAAUCUUUAAUAUCGUAAUGAAAAUGUCGCCAAAUUAAAGGAGUAAAUAUAUUUGUGUUCGUGUAAUAUCCUCUUCGUCGUAACCUAACAUACAUAUGUAAUUUUAGUUCCGCAAAUAUGUCCAAAUUUGCCUCUGAAAAAAAUUCAAAUUCAGUAUAAAAAGUUAACCCCCGUAACCUUGAUCCUAACUGCAAAAUUUACCUUACCUUAAUAUUAUUAUUGUGUACAUCAUUACGAUUUAAUCCCAUAGUUACCUAAUAUUGACUUAACGUUUUGUCAUAACUUUUUCUUCCGUUUUCUUAAGUAUGUAUGUUACCUUUAAUUUUAAUGUAAUUUAAGAUUUUAAUUUUUUUUUUUUUUUUUUUUUAAAUAUUUGUUUUACUAUUUAACUAAUUAUAAUUAACGUAUAAAUUUAAGUAUAACAUUUUUUCUUAUUACUUCUCUUUUGCCUUUCGAUUUAAACACGGAAAUUUUCUUGGCCAUCUUAUUAUCCUUUCUUCUCUUGGAAAGACAUUCUGGAUGUUUAUUAAUAUAGAAAGAAGCACAGAUAGAUAUGCAACUAAAACCUUAAACAACUUGUUUAUUAUUAUUAUUAUUAUUAUUAUUAUUAUUAUUAAC